ACUCCACCAAAAAGAUGUAUGUAAUUGGAAUUGACGCUCCAAUUUUGAAUUUUGUGAUGAUUCAAUUUGAUUGACCCUGGAGGGUUCAGCUACAGCUUCAGCUUGCUCAUCCCCAGCAAUAAGAGCAGAAAGUUUCUCCUUCUUUGGGCAGUCGCGAGCACGACGUGGCCCGCACCGAUGAAGCAUCCUGAAUCCGCCUUCAAAGGUUUCCGAUUGCUUUCCUUUGGUAGGAGCAGUCUCUCUUUCAUCAUCACCACGCAAGUGGUCACUGCCUGAUCAAAUUGCUAAUCCUGCUUUCUUGUUUCUCGUCUUCCCCUUUCUCUGAUGUAGUUUGCUAUUACAAUGGCAUAGUCGUCUUCUUACCGAGUCAGCUUUGUUUUUGGUCCGCUUCAAUCAAAAGACAGUAAACACCAAUAAUGUCUAACGUGGUGGUGUUGGACAACGGCGGCGGCCUCUUGAAAGCCGGCUUCGGCGGCGAGCGCGACCCAACAUGCGUAGUUCCCAACUGCACUGCUCGCCCCUCCUCCUCCAAGAAAUGGCUUCUUGCCGACCAACUUCUCUCCCCUACUGAAGACCUGACCUCGGCCACCCUUCGACGCCCAUUCGACCGCGGCCAUCUCAUCAAUCCCGACCUCCAGUCGUCCCUUUGGGCCCACCUAUUCACUACCAUCCUCAAAGUCCACCCGCCCAACACCUCCCUUCUCCUCACCGAACCCCUCUUCACGCUUCCAUCUAUUCAACGUUCCGUUGAUGAAAUCAUCUUCGAAGACUUUAAUUUCAAAGCCCUUUUCGUGUCCGAUUCGCCAUCCCUGGUGCAUUUAUACGAAGCCUCGAGGAGGCCGUAUGGCUUGGUUUCCAAAGCCCAGUGUAGCUUGGUGGUGGACUGCGGUUUUAGUUUUACCCAUGCCGCUCCGGUUUUUCAGAAUUUCACGUUGAACUAUGGAGUGAAAAGGAUGGAUCUUGGGGGAAAGGCAUUGACGAAUUACCUCAAGGAGUUGGUGAGUUAUAGGAGUGUGAAUGUGAUGGAUGAGAGUUUUAUAAUGGAUGAUGUGAAGGAGAAACUUUGCUUUGUUUCUCUUGAUGUGCAGAGAGACCUGAAGAUUGCGAGGAAACCUGGAAAAGACAAUAUGUUUAGGUGCACUUACGUGCUUCCUGAUGGUGUCACUUAUAUGAAGGGUUUUGUGAAAGAUCCCAAUGAAGCAAACAGAUACUUGGCCUUGGAUGCCAGUGAUCCUUCUUCCCCAGCCGGAGAAAAGGAGUAUGUGGAGCAGCAGGUUGUCAACGACAAACCCCAGGACAGGAGAAGCGUUGACCUGACAAAAAAUGAAUUUACCUUGACAAAUGAGCGGUUCCUUGUUCCUGAGAUGAUAUUUCGACCAGCUGAUUUGGGAAUGAACCAGGCAGGACUUGCGGAAUGCAUUGUUCGAUCUGUAAAUUCUUGCCAUCCUCAUCUCCACCCGGUGCUAUAUGAAAGUAUUAUUUUGACUGGUGGAAGCACAUUAUUUCCUCGAUUUGCUGAAAGACUAGAAAAAGAGCUUAGACCUCUUGUCCCGGAUGAAUUCCAAGUGAAGAUAACAGCUCAAGAAGAUCCAAUUUUAGGCGUUUGGCGAGGAGGAUCACUUUUAGCAUCUAGUCCUGAUUUUGAAGCAAUGUGUGUAACCAAGGCUGAGUACGAGGAGCUGGGAUCUGCUAGGUGUCGCAGGAGAUUCUUGCACUAGUAGCAGAUCUUUUAAGUUGAGAUCUCCAAGUCUCUUUCUCUAUGAGGUCUAAAAGCCAUAUUGAUUACUGAUUAACUGAUCCCGGAUGCGAGCUCGAAGCCUGAAAGCAAUCAGGAGCCCAUCUAAAGAUGGGAGUCGA